GAUCUGCGUAAACAGAUGGAGAGUGCUGAACUGAAGAACCAGCGGUUGAAGGAGGUGUUCCAGAGGAAGAUUCAGGAGUUCAGGACGGUGUGUUAUGUUCUGACAGGCUAUCAGAUAGACAUCACUACUGAGAACCAGUACAGACUGACCUCUGUCUACGCUGAACACAUGGACGACUCUCUGCUGUUUAAGGCCAGUGGAGGUGUUGUGGGCAGUGGAGGCAGUAUGCAGCUGAUGGAGACAGACUUCAGUAGAACCCUGAGAGAGAUGGUGGACCUCCACCUGCACCACCAGAAGAGCAUCCCAGCCUUCCUCUCUGCUGUGACCCUCGACCUCUUCAGCCGACAGACCACAGUCUGACUUGACCCUCGACCUCUUCAGCCGACAGACCACCGUCUGACUUGACCCUCGACCUCUUCAGCCGACAGACCACGUUCUGACUUGACCCUCGACCUCUUCAGCCGACAGACCACGGUCUGACUUGACCCUCGACCUCUUCAGCCGACAGACCACGGUCUGACUUGACUCUCGACCUCUUCAGCCGACAGACCACGGUCUGACUUGACCCUCGACCUCUUCAGCCGACAGACCACGUUCUGACUUGACCCUCGACCUCUUCAGCCGACAGACCACGUUCUGACUUGACCCUCGACCUCUUCAGCCGACAGACCACGUUCUGACUUGACCCUCGACCUCUUCAGCCGACAGACCACCGUCUGACUUGACCCUCGACCUCUUCAGCCGACAGACCACCGUCUGACUUGACCCUCGACCUCUUCAGCCGACAGACCACCGUCUGACUUGACCCUCGACCUCUUCAGCCGACAGACCACCGUCUGACUUGACCCUCGACCUCUUCAGCCGACAGACCACCGUCUGACUUGACCCUCGACCUCUUCAGCCGACAGACCACCGUCUGACUUGACCCUCGACCUCUUCAGCCGACAGACCACCGUCUGACUUGACCCCCCGGGGUUGAGGGUGUCCUGUGAUGUUAUAUGACCUGUGACCUCAUUGUUUGACAUGUGAUGUCAUUGCCUUGACCUCUUCACAUAAGGGUUAAGGUUAGGAUUGAGGGAAGGGAAGCUGAUCCUAGAUCUGUCAUUGUUGUCUGACCUGUGGUGUCGUCAUGUGACCUAUGACCUCACUAUCUGACCUGUGAUGUCAUGGUCUGACUCACACAGCUGUGCGAUGGACUCUGAUGAUAAUAAUAUAGAGUUGAAUAAAGGGAGUCGCUGUCUAGACUUACGUCAAUUCUCUUAGUCUGUCACAAAUGGCACCCUAUUCCCUACAUAGUGCACUACAAGAGCCUGAAGGUAGUGCACUAUAUAGGGAUUAGGGUGACAGCCUGUGUCUUUAUAUAGUGUGAUCUCUGUAACCUUCAGUCAGAUGUUCUGUUAUUGUUUCACUACUUCCUGUGUCUUUAUAUAGUGUGAUCUCUGUAACCUUCAGUCAGAUGUUCUGUUAUUGUUUCACUACUUCCUGUGUUGAUCUUUGCUCCAAAGCUGUUGUUUUUUUUUGCAGAAGGUUCAUAUGGCUUCAUGUUGGACACACAGCCGAAUGUCAUUAUCAACAGAGACACACAACUAUCAUCUAGUUAUUUUAAACAGAGACACACAACUAUCAUCUUGUUAUUUUAAACAGAGACGCACAACUAUCAUCUAGUUAUUUUAAACAGCGACACAACUAUCAUCUUGUUAUUUUAAACAGCGACACAACUAUCAUCUUGUUAUUUUAAACAGCGACACACAACUAUCAUCUAGUUAUUUUAAACAGAGACACACAACUAUCAUCUAGUUAUUUUAAACAGCGACACACAACUAUCAUCUUGUUAUUUUAAACAGAGACGCACAACUAUCAUCUAGUUAUUUUAAACAGCGACACACAACUAUCAUCUUGUUAUUUUAAACAGCGACACACAACUAUCAUCUUGUUAUUUUAAACAGCGACACAACUAUCAUCUAGUUAUUUUAAACAGCGACACAACUAUCAUCUAGUUAUUUUAAACAGACACACAACUAUCAUCUUGUUAUUUUAAACAGAGACGCACAACUAUCAUCUAGUUAUUUUAAACAGCGACACACAACUAUCAUCUUGUUAUUUUAAACAGCGACACACAACUAUCAUCUUGUUAUUUUAAACAGCGACACAACUAUCAUCUAGUUAUUUUAAACAGCGACACAACUAUCAUCUAGUUAGUUUAAACAGAGACACACAACUCUCAUCUAGGUAUUUUCUUGUAAAUGGAAAGCAGUGGAAAAGGUCUAACCUGAAUGAGUUGAUUUGUCAUUAGAACAAACAGCUUUAUUACUUCCUGCCUCUUAGUUUGUUUUCUGAAUCCCAUUUCUGAACAGAAAUAUAAACGCAACAUGUCAAGUAUUUAGCAAACAUUUCUCUACCGUAAGCCGCAAUGUCGUUUUAGAGAAUUCGUCAGUACAUCCAACC